UCCCCGCCUUGUUUGUGGACAAUACCCCACAUUUUUGUUCUCUACCUACAGCGGCGGUACCGCGACUUUAUACCGCAUAUCGAUUACAACGCCGAUCCAACGUUUCGCCGCGAUUCCACGACGUGGGUUUGGUGCUGCGACCGCGACGAUGGCGAGCGUCUCCGCUUCUUUUCACUCGCAGCUCUGCUCCAUCAUGGAGACCAUCGCUGCGUCUGCACUCGACCAGGUUUCCAAACUGGUGGAUAAGGAGACGGCGGAGCUUCGGCUGGAGGUGUCGCGGCUCAUGUUCGCCAACUCGGCCCUGACAGAGAAAGUCAAGACCCUGCAGCAGAAGCUGGGCUGUAAAGGGAACGAGCCCAAGUUCCAUGUCGGUGUGCGCGCGCCAAGUUGCAAUACAACACCGCCCAACACCGAGGAGUCGAACGAGUCGCCCACCAUAAAAGGUGUGUUUGGGAAAGAUUGGUGCAUGAAACUGUGGAAAGACAGAAACCCGGAUGACCCGACAGAAGUCCCGACACGUCUUCCUGUUGAGUCCGGCCAGUCUGUGAUGACUGCCUCCGAGGAAAUUACUGUCAAUGUGAUCAAAGUUGACAAGUACGUGCAAGGUGAUCUGAACUGCAACCUGCCGGAAACCCUUGCUGAAGAAGAAAAAGCUGAAAUCCCUUCUGUGGACCAAGAUCUGAUAGUGGGUCACACCUUCAACAACACCCUCAAAUCUGACCCGGAGAUGGAAAACAAAGAGUCUGCUGAGGACGCCGUUGAACCGUCCGUGCUGAUCGUGCCUUUUCCGGACGCGCAGGAGGCCUUCAGCGAACACAUCAUCCCAAUUGAGGAUGAUGAAGACAACGAUUAUGAUAUAGAAUACGCAGACAACCGUCACCUAGAAGAGUCCGAAGAUGGCUUCAGUAAAAAGAACGCCGAAAUGCAGCAGACAUUUUCCGAUGGUCUGGAUGGAUAUGAACCAGUGGCGGAGCCAAACACUUCCUGCUUCCCUUGUAAUGUUUGCAACAGAACUUUCUUCCACAAAGGCACUCUGACGCGCCAUAAGAAAUCUCACAAGUCCAACUUCUGCAGCAUUUGUAAGCGGCGCUUUUCCAAGGCCAACAGUUUGAACUCGCAUGUGUGCGUACCCCCAGUGAGCUCCAGGUUGGUCAGCAAAACAUGCGAGAUUUGCGGAAAGACUUUCAAAACGCAGUCAGCACUACGGAUUCACUUUUUGGUCCACACUGGCGAGAAACCAUUCAGCUGCACCUACUGCGGGAGAGGAUUCACCCAGAAAGGCAACCUAAAAUGCCACCUGCUCAUCCACACAGGAGAAAAACCUUUCGUCUGCACUAAAUGUGGGAGUACAUUCAGGCAAAAAAUCAACCUGAAAAAUCACUUAAAGCAUCACCGCUCACAGUGUUCUGAAGCCUAAACUGUUAAGAUCUAACGCUACUUCAAAUCUUCAUCAUGUCGUCGCACUUCUAUAUGGUGAACAGAUGGAUUUGGGUCCUGGACAUUUUAUUAUCGAGACACAAAAAUGAAAACGGCCUGCAGGGACGUUUUUUUUAAUUGGUGCAAAUGAGCUGUUCAUAUAUGUUUAAAAACGUGGUGGAAAUAUAGCAUGUCAAACCUGCUUGUUGCUAUGUGGUGGUUCUGUUCCGAGCUACCUGCUCACUUUUCCAUGGCUUUUGCAUCUGUGUGGGUCUAAACCAUUAAUUGCAUUAAUCACUACGUAGCAUGCAUGAUAGAACACAGCAAGUACUGAAAGACGGGUCUGGCAAAGGCUUCAGUGUUGGCGGAAUAUCUUUUCCUGGCUAGCUAGGGUCAAUGCAAGCCCAUACUAUAGGUGUCGGGAAAGAGACCGCGAAACACCUACAGAGAUUGCCAGACCCUGAAAGGGCACAUGGGGACGGAUCGCAGUCAGACUAUCACCGGAGUGAAACAACGUGUACACAGAGAGGAUCUUUACCAGUGUAAUUCAACAUUUGGACUGUGUUCUCAGGCUUUUCAUUUUACAUCUUUUUGGGUUUCUUUUUUACAUUUGUAUCCAAAGCAUUCCCAUAUUGCAGUUGUUAUCUGUCUUCUAUUAGGUUUUGAUCAUGUUGUGUGCCGUGUCUGCACGAGCCAGUGCGUGUGUUGACCCGGAUUUAUACCUGCUGUUUCACUCCGUAGUAGACAGACUCAUUUGUAAGGGUUUGUGUUCCCUUCCACACUAAAAACAAGUAUACUUCUGAACUCAGCGUGUACUUGUGAGGGGUACAAAUCCCAAUAUCUUAAUGUACUUGUAUGUUAUUGUAGUAACGUCAUGCGUGUUGGUGUAGAGUGCAAAGAACAAAUUCUGUAUUUUUCUAAGUAACUCAUGUUAUUCACGGCAUUUUCAAUAGUGUUGAGUUUUUUUCUACUAACAGAAACGCCUCUGUUCACCAUGAAAACCAAAAGAGUGAAUAAAAUGUUUGUUUUUUUAUUUAAACUAGUGGACUUUUUUUUUUUUAAUCAUAAGCCUCUACUUAUUGACAACAUAUUAAACUUGCUUUUAAAAAGCAUUGCGACAUAAAAUCAUCAAACAAAAUAUAUUUUAUUUUGAAGGUGUUCGGUAGGUUUGUUUGUAUUCACUAACAUUGUAUAGGUGCCCCAUUGAUUUUCAAUAGGAUUGUCAGCACAUCCGGAUAUUUUGAUUCCAUAAAACACAA